GUAUGGAAGGUUGGGAUGGAUAGACACUAUCCAUAUAUGCCAAAGCUGGAGUUCCGUUCCAAUGCUAAACCCUCUCAGUUUGCCUACCCCCCUCCACUGGAGGAUAAAAAGGAGAAAACAAAGGAGAAAGUGUUGACAGCCGUGCUGAGUAUCACUGCCAAACAGAAGAAAAAGGAGGCCGAAAAGAAGAAGGAUGAAGAAAAGAUGGAUGUGGAUGAUGAAAAGAAAGAUAAAGAAGAAGAAAAGAUGGAAACAGAGGAAGGAGAGAAAGAAAAACAGGAUAAAGAGAAAACAGAGAAGGAAAAAGAACCAGAACCCAACUUCCAGAUGUUGGAUAAUCCAGCCAGGGUGAUGAAAGCUCAGCUGAAGGUGUUGUUAAUGCCAGAGACUAGCAGAUAUGUACCUGUUAAAGAUGUGACACAUGGAGGCAUUAUCAUGAUGAGGAAUAGCAAGCCAGGAGAACAGGAGGAAAUUAUAGAGCCUGUAGCAGCUGGAGGUCCAAAGAUUGAGGAGGAGGAGGAGCCAGAGCCCCCAGAGCCAUUUGAGUGGACCGAGGACUAAAGCCGAGGAACAUUGGAGGAAUUUACAGCCAAGGAAUUUACAACAUUGGAUUACCUAUCACUACCUUUGCAAGAACUUUGAAAUGUAAUCAUUUAUUUGUGACUGAAUUCAGAAGGUGUGACCUUCAUAUAGAUAUAGAAGACUGUUUAUGAAUAUUUUAUGUAUUUGUGAAAUUUCAGAAAAAAAUUGAAUGUCUU